AUGUUGUUCACUUCAAUCAGAAAGAAGAAGUCACUCAUGAUGUCAUGGAAGAAACUCAAUGAAAUUAUGUCUGCACGUAGAAAAAGAACAACUGAUCGUAACCAACCCGUCGCCAAUCUUCAAAAACGUUUGGAAGUUUCCGAUGAGAAGAAUCUUGGUUUCGGAAUUUAUGUCGAGAUCAGUUUCUGCAUCAUCUCGGAUCUCUUCGUUCUUAACGCCAACAUCAGUGAUUUUAUGGAGUACGAGAUGUUCAUGAACACGUUGGCCACAGUCAACAAGCUCCUGGUUCUCCUUAUUGGAACCGUCUGUCACUUAAGCCGAAGAAGAUGA